AUUACGGAGCGGUGGCUACCGCAUGACCCAAAAUACAUGCAAGCAGUCAGAUAUUCUCAGGAACGUCAAUUCAUUCAUUUGGUUGAGGAAUUGGAGGGCUUAGUUGUUUGGUGUCUUUUUGAGUUAUCAAAGGCUAAUCUUGCCGGCACUGGUAGGCGCUUAUUUGACAUUCAGAUAAGUGAUGUACUCAUGGACUACCAUAGGCUACAAGAUAAGUACAAUAGACUCACACCCUUACAAAAUCCACCACAUCCCAUGCUCGACUAUACCAAAAUUGUCGGUUACAUAUCUCUCAGUGAAUUUUCGGCUCUGAAACACUCACGCCACGAUAUCCUCACAAAACCAUGGACUGUGUCUGCUAAUUGCGAGAUGGCCACAAGGUAUUUCAAAUUGGUGCAAUCACAUGAAGAGAUUGUACGGCUCAAUGUCAAGAUCAAAUGCUUACAUUGUUGGGUUGAGCACGAGGACAGGACCACAUUGGAAGCUAUUGAUUCACUCCUUGCUGAUGACCCAGAUUCUCCACUCAUAGCCGAGUUGAAGACAUUGUAUGCCAAGCACCACCGUGUCAACAACAACCAUCACAAGCAACUCCAACAAAUUUACACACUCGACAGAUACACAGGUGAUCGUCUUCCUACAGACCAGACAGUGACUGCAUCCAAUGGAGACAGAGAUGACAAGGGUAGCAUGAAUGGUCCUGAAGAUGAUGCUAUGAACAAGGAGGCCAUGAGACUUGAAGAUUUAGUG